AUGAGCAUCAGAACUACCACCACUUUACCGGAAUCGGUAGAAACCUUUCGUCUACCGACAAUCUUGGCCACUUUGCCAAUUCAUAUAUUCACAGCUGUAUUCAUCACUAUCGUCAUGAUUAGCGUACAGGAAUGCUCCGCUAUACGGAACUUCGUUUACAAUCCUAUUGCCACUCAGGCUUUCGUUGACGCUCUUGAGCGAUUUCUUAUGGCAUUCUUCAACUAUGACAUGCCCAUAUCCAUUGUUUUCAUUCUCUACUGUCUAUUCCCUUUGUUUUGUGUCGCAAUGGCUAUCUAUAACACAUUCAUUUCAUCGAGUCUCCUACUGCAGACUGACGACAUUUGUUCUACAGUACGACGCACACAAGCUGGACUAAUAUCGUGCUCAUUCUUAUACAAUGGUAUAUUUACUUCAAAUUCAUAG